ACGAGUAGCAGAAGGAGAAGGAGAAGAAGAAGAAGCUGUUCUUUUAACAUCAUGACAUUAAAGCUCUCACGUUUCAAGAUUGAAAACAUUUCAGAAAUUUUCAUAAUAUCUUAGUUGUACGCGAUUUAGUUGUAAAGCUUCCAGUGCCGUUUAGUAUGUUUUAGGCUUUAUGGUGUUUUGACCUGCCAACAAAGUACAGUAAGCUAACUGUGGCAUGCUAACAAAGUUUAAUAAGCUGAGACAAAUAUUAAAUAAUACCUUUGCUUUUUUGACUACUUUUCUACAGACUGUUAAGUCCAGUACCAGACUAACAUGUCUUAAAACUGAGCUUGUGUACUGUGGGUAUAAGCGAAAGCGGUAAUUUGACAAACGACCUUUCAUAAAUAUACUUUAAAAAGUAAAUUAAAUAUCAUGCUCUGACUUAUGGGACGAACCCAAGGAGCGCGGGUUUUUUGUAAAUUCUGUCGACAUUUGUUACACUGUUUUAGGAAAUUUUUACAUUUGUUCGCGAUGAGGAGAUUUUUAAUGAAAGUCGUGAACAGAGUUUUGAUGAUGGAGCCGUUUACAGCAGCGAUGGGCACCGAAGCGCAGAUACACACACGCGCCCGCCGGAAGCUGGUGGUGGGACUGGGCAACCGAGGGAUGGAGGGUACCAGACACAGUGUUGGCAUGGCGAUCCUCAGUGCGCUCGCCGCCCGGCUUGGUGUGGCAGACCGUUGGCGUGGUGACAAGUAUGUGUCUGGUGAUGUCAUCCUGUCAAAGAUCCAAAACACACACAUGGUGCUGCUCCGUCCCAGGCUGCUGAUGAACGUGAACGGCGUGUCAGUGGCCAAAGCAGCUGCUAAAUACAACAUCAGGCCAGAAGACAUCUUUCUGGUCCACGAUGAAAUGGACAAACCUUUGGGGAAAAUUGGCAUCAAACAUGGAGGAAGCCCCAGAGGCCAUAAUGGCGUCCGCUCAUGUGUGGACUGUCUGCAGACUGACGUGAUGCCCAGACUUCGGGUCGGGAUCGGUCGGCCAGCAGGGAAAACAUCUGUGGAACGUCACGUUCUGAGCCGGUUUUCCUCCGAAGAGCAGAAGGUUCUGGACUCGGUUCUCGUCCAGAGUGUGGACCUCCUUCUCUCCCACCUCUCCCAGCCGGACUCCCAGUCCCCCAGCUCACCAGCAGGGGGCAGACAGGCAGCGCCGCAGAGGGAGUCCGAGGCCUCGGCUGAAGCUGCAAACCUGAACUCUGCUGUGAAAACACUGCCUGAAGGAUCAAACCUGAAUUAUUCUUCUUGAUUUGACCUAAACUUUUAGAAGAAAUGUUGCAUUAAGAGACUCAAAUAGAGAAGAACAUGAAAAGAUUAAUUUAUACAGAAUGAAUUUUUCAGUCGAUUUGAAAAAUAAUUUUGUGCUCGUCUCACUAAAGGUAAACAUGAUUUUACAUUUGUAUAAAUCACAUAUGCCUGUUAUUUAAAAGUGUUUCUCAUACUGCAGGAAAAACAGUCGAUCGCUAAAUGCGUCACUUUGUGUCACCAUGGAGGAGACGCUGAGCUAAGAGACAAUGAUGCAUGUCUCUGAGCUCAUGAUGCGUGAAUAUCCUGCAACACAUAAUGCAUCUUUCUGAUAAACAUAAAUACUUAUUUAUGACAACAAGGUUUGCAAAUGACCCCUAAAAAUGUUUAUCCAUUAGCUCAUAUUUUCCUUUAUCACAACUUUACAUAUUUUGUAACAGUUAAAUUCCACAAUCCCAGUCCUGAGUAUACAUCCUGAAUCAGAAGAGCUCAGGACAAGACAAAAAGUAAAUAUUGCACAAACAAGAGGAGGAAAUCAAAACUAGUGAUUCUUUGGUUUAUUUGGACGUUUUUGGACAAAGUGUUUCAAAAAUUUUUUUACAUCUAUUUUGCGUUUUGGUCCUGCAACACGAGCAGACAACAAAUACUCCAAAUACAAUAAAUGGAAUAAUAUGGACAGAGACUCUUUGUUAACAAGUGGGUGAGAAACUGUUUUAUUUACGUGUCUCCGAUGCAGAACGUCAUUAAAAAGUGAAAGUUUCUGGGCUGAAAGAACCGCAUGAACAAGGUAUUACUACAGGAAACCUUUUCUUUUACGAUACAGUUGUAUUCACACACGUCCCUUCAUCGUGUAAACACAGUUAAAAAGUAAUGUGGAUUUUAA